AUGCCACCACGUAAGCAACAACGCAAAAGAGCGGCAACAACAACGGGUGGUCCGUCUUCGCGUCGUAGUCGUCGCGCUUCAAACAUCAACGCCACCAGAGCGACACAGAAUGCUGCCCCAGCAGUUGAUUUACCGCCAGUGGCCACACCACAAACAUCAACUCCUUCUGCUCCGUCCUCAGGGAAUGUUCUGUCGCCCGAGAUCCUUCAGACUCUGGUGUCAACCGUGGCUGCUGAAGUGACCAGGCAAAUGGCUACGAUUCUUCCAGCCCAAGUUCCCAGUCCAGUGCCAACUCCAGCAGUACCUGCUGUACCUGUGAUGGCUACCGAACCGAGACCGAGUCAGACAUCGUCAUCGAAUGAAGCGGAA